UUCAAAACUUUGACAUGUUCGGUUCGUUUCAUUCCGUCGCCAUGUUGUGCGUCUCGUUGAUGUUGGCAUUCACGUCCGCCGCUGCCAGCCCGACACCUUUGCUAAUCAGCCAACCUUAUUACAGUUUUUUCUACUUCCCUUAUGGCCGUUACGACACCGCAGUUUUCCCGCAGAGUUUAUGGAACCCGGAUUCGAAUGCUGAAACUUUGCGAACGGAAUCGAGCGAAAUCGAAGGUCGAACUCCCGUGCGCAAAGUUUUCACCGACCAUUCGAGCGGCGGCAAUUUCGCCUCAGAAAUGGAGGGACGUUUGAGCGCGUCGCUUAGAAACGCCAUUUCCAAUUUCCCGGCGUCCAUCUCUUCGCCGCUGUCGUCUUUCUUCAACAAUCCUGGACUUUUGGGCCUACUGGACGGCACGCCCUGCACAUCACCCAACGCCGAGGCCGGCAUUUGUACCAAUUCGAGGCUUUGUUCCAGCUACGGCGGACGAUCGAGCGGGUCGUGCAGUUCGUUCGGCAGCGUCUGUUGCAUCAACACCGUGACCCGUUGCGGAGCUACUGUCACGCUCAACAAUACGUACUGGCAGGCACCGACGACGCUGAGCGCCGAAUCGACGUGUUCCCUUUCGAUUCAACUGAACCCGACAUUGGCCGAACAGAGGAGAAAUCCUAUCUGUCAAGUCCGAUUGGAUUUCGAAGCGUUUUCUAUCGCUGGACCGAACACGCAGACCGUCUGCGCUACGGACAACUUCCGCGUGAGCGGAACAGCAAAUAGAAUUCCGAUUAUUUGCGGUCAGAAUGUCGGACAGCACAUGUAUUUGAUUGCUCCUUCAUCGACGGCCGAUAUCCAAUUGAUUUUCACGCUGGGAACGGGCACGGCUCAAGAUCGUAGCUGGAAAAUUAGGACCAGUUUAUUAGCGUGCAGCUCUACGUCCCUAUUGGCUCCGGAAGAUUGCCUCCAAUAUUUCACGCAAAGCAGCGGCACGGUCAGAUCGUUUAAUUGGCGUGAAGUGUCACCGUCCGCAGCAGCGCCACGUCAAUUAGCCAAUCAGGAUUACAACAUUUGUUUCAGGACCGAACAAAUCAUCAACACCAAUUCGUUCCCAAGGGUAGCGUCUUCCAUUUGUUACACACCUUGCGUCAUUACGACGACGGCUGUCCCGCCUCAAAUGCCGCCGUUGGCAUUCAGUUUGACGGCCGAUUCUUCGGCUUCUUUCCUUCCGGCCGGGGCGGGCGCUGGAACGAAUUUCAAUCAGUGCGCCAACACGGACUAUCUCGUCAUUCACGGAGCUGUUGAUUCAACGAUGCCGACCAGUUUCAACGAUCGAUUUUGCGGGAAUAAUUUGAAUCCAGCGUCUCAGACCACGUCGGUCACCCUCUGCUCAACGGCCAAGCCGUUCAACAUUUUCUACCGGACGGAUGGAUCGGAAAGCAAUACGGAAUUCGCCAACAAUGGAUUCUGCCUUCGAUACGAGCAGAGAGCAUCGUAAAAGCAAUUGCGAUGGAGGAUCUGCUUGUUAUACUACGCACGCAAUCAUCCCAACAUUCGAUUUGCAAAUACGAUUGAAAUCAUUCUUGUAGUUUUUUUUGUUUUUGUUUAUUGUUUGCGAUUUGGUAUUUAUAUGCAAUAAAAACAAUAUGCUAAUUGCGAA